CCUGGCGGUGGGCGCCGCGGUCGGCGCUCCGGCGGCGUGGGCGGGGCUGCGCCUGCUGGGAGCUUGGCUGGGGGCGCUGAUCGCGGCCUCGACCACGUGCCCAGCCUGCGUCUGCCAGGCGCCCGCGGCACCGCCGCCGCCACCGCCGCCGCCGCCGCCGCCCGUGGCGGCAGGCAUCGCGGCCGCGGUGGUGGAGGAGCUUGGGCCCUGGCUCGCGAACGCCUCGCCCGCUCCGGCGAUCUGCCCGAGCGCGGAGGCGGUGGCGGCGGCGCUGCUGGAGCGCCUGCCGCCGCCGCCCGGGCCCGCGGGGCUCCCGCCGGCGGCUCCGCCGCUUGAGGCCGGCCCGGCCCUGGAGGAACAGCCAAACGCCGUGACGCUGGUGGCUGUGGGCUGCGCUGUGGGAGAGCUGGUGCUGCUCGUCGUGUGCUGCCUGACGGUGGCGGAGUGGUGCGCUGAGCUGCGCCGGGGGCUCCGCGUGGGGUUCUGGUACCGCCGGGACACGGUGUGGCACGAGCGCCUGCUGCUGUACCCGGCGGGUGGCACCUACUGGUGGGUGCUGACGCCGGACGAUGACGUCUACGUCGAGGUCGUCGCGGGGGUGACUGGGGACGGAUGCUCGCGGGCCUUCGCGUGCACGCCAGACGGGGCGCCGCCAGCGGUGGCCCAUGGGAGUUUCUACCGCUUCCGAGCCCCAGGCAGGACCGAGCAGGGGGCGCACGCGGGUGCGACGCUGGAGGGCCCCGCCGUGUUCUACAGCUGGGACGGCGCUCGCACGGCCUUCUCAGGGCUACGCCGCCGCCUCCCGCUGCGCAGCGCCGCAGGGGAGCCCGACGGGACGGCGACCCCGCCGCUGGCGCCCGAUGGCGAGGCGGCCCCCUUGGCCGACGCCGCGGCUGACCGUCCUCCAGAGACAGCCGCCGACUACGAAGCCCCGGAGGGCUGCGUCUGGAUGCUCCUAGAGGCGGUCAGGCGGGACGACCGUGACGACUUCCGCUGCCGCAAGGCCAAGGAGGUGACCGAACAGAUGGAGGCAGACCUCGGGCUACCCGGGGCCCCAGCGCCUGGAGGUGCCGGGGCAGCGGCUGCAGAGGCCCCAGAGGCCGCCGAGGAGCGCGACCUGCGCGACCGUCUGGGCGUGCCGCCGGCCAUCAAUAACGGGCCGCCCGCCGAGGCGGAGGACAUCAGGACGUUGUGGGUGCAGCACGACGACCACGGAGAGCGGCGCGUGCCAUGGCGUGAGGUCGUCCGGGAGGCGAAGCGAUACACGUUCAAGGACUGGCCGCUGGACGUCUCCACGGUCGAGCACAUGAUCAAGACCCCCCUGGACAUCGUCGACCCGACGCUGCGCACCACGGUCUUCCGCAAGAGCAAGGAGGAGAUGGAGCUGGAGAACUAG